CUCUGGGCGACAGUUACAGGCACAGAAGAGGAAGUGGUAGCCCUGGUUGUCGCUCCCGGGGCGGGAGGGCGGGCUGUGGGUGGUGGAGGCUGCGAGGGUGCACGGGCCACCCGGGCAGGCCGAAGUCAUGGAGCUGUGGCGGCAGUGCACGCACUGGCUCAUCCAGUGCCGGGUGCUGCCCCCCAGCCACCGUGUGACCUGGGAGGGGGCUCAGGUGUGUGAGCUGGCGCAGGCCCUCCGGGAUGGCGUCCUCCUGUGCCAGCUGCUCAACAACCUGCUACCCCACGCCAUCAACCUGCGCGAGGUCAACCUGCGUCCCCAGAUGUCCCAGUUCUUGUGCCUUAAGAAUAUUCGAACCUUCCUGUCUACCUGCUGUGAGAAGUUUGGCCUCAAGCGGAGCGAGCUCUUCGAGGCCUUUGACCUCUUCGAUGUGCAGGAUUUUGGAAAGGUUAUCUACACCCUGUCCGCUCUGUCCUGGACCCCAAUUGCCCAGAACAAAGGGAUCAUGCCCUUCCCCACCGAGGAGGAUGCUGUGGGGGACGAAGACAUCUAUAGUGGCCUGUCUGACCAGAUCGACGACACGGCCGAGGAGGACGAGGACCUGUACGACUGCGUGGAGAACGAGGAGGCCGAGGGCGACGAGAUCUACGAAGACCUGAUGCGCUCAGAGCCUGCGCCCACGCCGCCCAAGAUGACUGAGUAUGACAAGCGCUGCUGCUGCUUGCGCGAGAUCCAGCAGACGGAGGACAAAUACACCGACACGCUGGGCUCCAUCCAGCAGCACUUCAUGAAGCCUCUACAACGCUUCCUCAAACCUCAGGACAUUGAGAUCAUCUUUGUCAACAUCGAGGAACUGCUUCGUGUGCACACCCACUUCCUAAAGGAGAUGAAUGAGGCCCUGGCGGCCCCUGGAGCACCUGCCUUGUACCAGGUCUUCAUCAAAUACAAGGAGAGAUUCCUUGUCUAUGGCCGCUACUGUAGCCAAGUGGAGUCUGCCAGCAAGCACCUGGAGCAAGUGGCGGCCGCCCGGGAGGAUGUGCAGAUGAAGCUGGAGGAAUGUUCUCAGAGAGCAAACAAUGGCAGGUUCACCUUGAGGGAUCUGCUGAUGGUGCCCAUGCAGAGAGUGCUCAAGUAUCACCUCCUCCUCCAGGAGUUGGUGAAGCACACGCAGGACCCGGUGGAGAAAGAGAACCUGCGGCUGGCCCUAGAUGCCAUGAGGGACCUGGCGCAGUGCGUGAACGAGGUCAAGAGGGACAACGAGACGUUGCGACAGAUCACCAACUUCCAGCUGUCCAUAGAGAACCUGGACCAGUCUCUAGCCAAUUAUGGCCGACCCAAGAUUGAUGGGGAGCUCAAGAUCACAUCGGUGGAAAGGCGCUCCAAGACGGACAGGUACGCCUUCCUGCUGGACAAAGCCUUGCUCAUCUGUAAGCGCCGGGGGGACUCCUACGACCUCAAGGUCUCUGUGAACCUGCACACCUUCCAGGUUCGGGAUGACUCCUCGGGAGAGCGAGACAACAAGAAGUGGAGCCACAUGUUCCUCCUGAUCGAGGAUCAAGGUGCCCAGGGCUAUGAACUGUUCUUCAAGACACGGGAGCUGAAGAAGAAGUGGUUGGAGCAGUUUGAGAUGGCCAUCUCCAACAUCUACCCUGAGAACGCCACUGCCAAUGGGCAUGACUUCCAGAUGUUCUCCUUUGAAGAGACUACUUCCUGCAAAGCCUGCCAGAUGCUGCUCAGAGGCACCUUCUAUCAGGGCUACCGCUGCCACCGGUGCCGGGCACCUGCACACAAGGAGUGUCUGGGGCGGGUCCCCCCAUGUGGCCGCCAUGGGCAAGAUUUGGCAGGAACCAUGAAGAAGGACAGGCCACAUCGCAGGGCUCAGGACAAAAAAAGGAAUGAGCUGGGUCUGCCUAAGAUGGAAGUGUUUCAGGAAUACUAUGGGCUUCCCCCACCCCCUGGAGCCUUUGGACCUUUUCUGCGGCUUAAUCCAGGGGACAUCGUGGAGCUGACCAAGGCUGAGGCUGAACAGAACUGGUGGGAGGGCAGGAAUACAGCGACCAAUGAUGUUGGCUGGUUUCCCUGUAACAGAGUGAAGCCUUACGUCUAUGGCCCACCUCAGGACUUGUCUGUGCAUCUCUGGUAUGCGGGCCCCAUGGAGCGGGCGGGCGCCGAGAGCAUCCUCACCAGCCGCUCCGACGGAACUUACCUGGUGCGGCAGAGGGUGAAGGACACAGCUGAAUUCGCCAUCAGCAUUAAGUAUAAUGUCGAGGUCAAGCAUAUUAAGAUCAUGACAUCAGAGGGACUGUACCGGAUCACAGAAAAGAAGGCUUUCCGGGGGCUUCUGGAGCUGGUGGAGUUUUACCAACAGAAUUCCCUAAAGGAUUGCUUCAAGUCACUGGACACCACCUUGCAGUUCCCCUACAAGGAACCUGAGAGGAGAGCCAUCAGCAAGCCUCCAGCUGGAAGCACCAAGUAUUUUGGCACAGCCAAAGCCCGCUAUGACUUCUGCGCCCGGGACCGAUCGGAGCUGUCCCUUAAGGAGGGUGACAUCAUCAAGAUUCUUAACAAGAAGGGGCAGCAGGGCUGGUGGCGAGGGGAGAUCUAUGGCCGGGUUGGUUGGUUCCCUUCCAACUAUGUGGAGGAAGAUUAUUCUGAAUACUGCUGAGCCCCAGCACACUGGCAGACAGAGGACAAACUGCAGGCUCUGAGCCCGGGAUAUCAGGCAGCAGGGCCAGGGGCCGAGACAGGUCCCAGUGAGUGGAUAGUUUGGAUGGACUGCAGAGGGCUAGAGUCCAGCUGGCAGAGGGCCCAGGAUGAUACUCUGCUCUGGUUAAUUUAUAACUCACUGAUUGCCUCUUGGGAUGUCUGGAAAGGCGGGCCUAGAGGCAACAGCUUUUAAUAAAAUGAUGAAUGCAGGGACUGGUGUAUUGAGGACCCAAAAGGGGAAAGUUGGGGGAAGGCGUGCUGUGCACAGACACAAGUCCACCCACCAACCUCUCCCUCCCAGCGUGGAUGGCUUUCCCUGUCAUUGACAGUAUGAUUUGAAGGGGGGUUUGUAGGAUACAAUUCUCGUGUAGCAGGAAUGACUGUUACAGUCACAGGGUCACAAAAAUGCACCAUUCAUUUGCUUUUUCUUUCAUAGAACUGAAUUACUACUUCCAGCCUCCUCCUCCCCAAUUCUGCUGGGUAGAAAAUGAGUAUCAGUGAGUUCUCCACAAGAUCAUGGGAGAAGGAAGGAAUCAAUCCAGGGAAUGUCAUGAGCAACAGUGUAGAACAUGCCUCGGAGAAGAAGGGGAGGGAGCUGGGGUAUUUAUACACCAGCCUCCACACAGGAGGCUGAAACUGAUCCAGUGGC